GGAGGGAGGUGUUGGAACAGCGGACGGGCUCUUUCCUCCGCGCGGAAAGUGGGAGCGUUCGUAGACGGAAAUGUUUACAGUCCGCUGAGCGGAGGGAGGGGACAGCCAAGCAGCCUGGCGUUCGUUGUAAAUGCACGAAAUAUGUUUUCGCAAAAGCACUAAGAAAGUGGGUGCUGUUCGAUGGAGUUUGGCUGCCUGGUUUUCUUAAGACUAUUGCGGAACGGCUGAGGAGGAGACGAGACGAGACGGAAGGACACGGACGGACAGGAUGCGGUGUGGCAGGAGAACCGGAAGCGGUCGCCGCGCUGGGGCCGGGAGCGUGGCUUUCGGCGCGCCUUCUCUGAGGCCCCAGGGGGAAUUCCCGCUUGCUCCCUGCUUUUAAUGCCUUUAGACAGUGGAGGUGGUUACCCCUCUUUUCUCCCCAAGCCGCUUCCACCUUACCUCGUUUCUCUGCGAUGAGAAAAGCCGAAUAUGCACGUUAGAUACCCGAAGUUAUGAAGUAAAAAAAAUGGUAGACAAACGCAUCUAUAACUCUUGGUGGAUGUGCGAUUCACGCCGCUGUGACUCUUUUAUGAUUCAGUCCGGCAUAAGAGCCCGGAAAACACGGUGAUAAAUCGGGCUUAAGUUAAGGAUCAAUUAUUUCUAAAUAUAUUUUGCAGGCAAAUUUUGUUGUAGCUUAGGGUGGCUUUUACAUAGGUAAAACCUUCAAGGAUCUGAAAGAACUAUUCAUGUAAACCUAAAAUAGAAGAAGAAAUAUAACAAGGAACCACCGCUCUAAGAAGUUUAUGUAAUUAAUGUUUACAGCUUUUCUCUGGAAUGCAAAUGACUUAAAGUGCAAUCCUGUGCAUAUCUAUUCCAAAAUAAGCUCUCCUGAAUUCGCAGAAUUUAUUCCCAGGCCUAUGUUAAUAGAAAAUGUCAGUGAAUAACUUCUUUGGAAAUAAGAAGAGAAACAGCUCCAUAUUAUAUGAUGUUGAUCAGACAAAAAUUACUUCACCUCUCCAGAGAUCUAUGAGCCAUAAUAAUAUUGGAAAUCAUGGUGAAGGCUUCCCACCAAACAAGCGUUAUAAAAGUGUUGUUUCAUCCAAGUGUAAAGAAACGGAAGAUCCAUUUGGGGAUAAUGAUGAUUUUACGGUAGAUGACUUGAAGGAGAUAGACAUUAUUGCUUCCCAGGCAUUGACGCAAGAUGUUUCUUCAGAAACAAAUUUGUUGAAAACGGAGCAAAAUGCUCAGUUGUCUGUUUUUCCAAAUAGCAUCAAUCAGUUAAAAACACCUGAUCAAUGGAAUAUUUCUGUAACAACUGAGACAAAAUCAUUUGAAACUAGCAUAGAAGAAAUGAAACUUAAAGGAAGAUUUAAACUUGAAACACUCCAAGCACAAUACAAGGAGGCCAUGAAAAAGUUGAAAGAAAUGCAGGAUGAAAUCCUUAUUAAAAAUGGAGAAAUAAAAAUUUUGCGGGAUUCGAUGCAGCAGAUGGAAUCUACUGUGGAGGAUCAGCGGAAAUCAUACAUAUUACUGGAAAGACAAAAUGUUCAGUGUUUAAAUGAAAAAGAAAAGGAAUUCUCCAGAAAGUUACAGUCACUGCAAUCUGAGCUACAGUUCAGAGAUGCUGAAAUGAAUGAGCUGAGAACAAAGAUUUUGAAUUGUGAAAGGAUUAAACCUGUGGCCCCUGUUUCAUAUACCAGUCCUAAGAAAAGCCCCUCUAACCCUAUGAAAAUUGAAAGAUGUACUCUUAUUGAAAAAAAAAGUUAUCCCACAGAAGAGUCUUUUGGAUCUCGGGUAUUACCAAUACCAUCUUGCUCCAGGACCCAAUCCCAUGUCCAAGUUCCUCAGCAAAAUAAUGACAGCAAAACUACUGUCCUUGAAACUGAGCCAGUGAAGCAAGAAACAAGUUUCAGCUGUCCUCAGAGACCAGGUUCCCUUUUACUAAAUGCACUGAUGAAGCAGCCACUUGUUCCAGGAUCAUCGUUAGGAAUCUGCAACCUUCUUAGCAACACUGAAGCUUGGUUUGGAUCUGCUAUGCAGUCUGCUUCUUUCAGUGUAGGACCUACACAAAAAAACAGUAACAAGAUUACAAGCCUUCAGGAAGGUGAGACUUCAUUGAGAACUACUCAAAAACUUGCCUUAACUGGAUUGAAUUUGAUUGCUGUAGAUGGAGGCUCACUGGAAGGACAACAAAACAAGAGAGACGUGCCCCACCUUAAAUGCGCUAAAAUCCCUGGCGCAAUACAUCUUCUCCCCCUCCUGAAACUUUACAUUGGUGCAUAUAACCAAGCCCUCUCGUCUGCGACGAAGACUGGAAGCAUUUCUUCUGGGAAUCAAUCUGCUUGCUCCUCCAGGACAUCUUCAGGUGCAGCUUCAAGUGUAGAGGAAGCUUUAUCCACUCUUGAAGAGUAUGCACUCGUGUCACUGGGCAUUCUUUACUAUUUGGUGUUUUAUAGCUGGGAAGUUAUUAAUACACUUCUGUCCUGUGAUAUAAAAGCAGAUUGUAAUCCAGGAGCUAUAGACGUUUCUGAGAAGAAUGAGACUGUGGUUUGCAGUAAACAGGAUGCAGCUAAUCUUCAGGAAACCCUCCCAGAAUUAGAGGUUGCCAGUUUGGACAAAUCCCAGCAUCCUUUGUUUAAAAAGCUACUACAACUCUUAAGCUUGUGUGUAACAUCAUCGGGAUGCCACAGGUGCCAUAUCGCAAAUCAGUGCCUAAAAGUUUUGGUGAAAUUAGCUGAAAAGUCAACAGUUGACUUAUUAAUAAGCUUUCAGUGCUUGUUCGAUAGCCAGUCGCAGAUCCUGCUUCGCUGUAUAUCUUCAGAAACUCCCUUGUUUGCUGUCCUUCUUACUGUUAGAAUGUUAAGUUUGCUUGCUGAGCAUCAGGAUCUGGCUGCUCGGUUCUGUUCAUGUUCAGAAACCUGCCUACUUUUGGCAUUAUACAUGUAUAUCACGUCACGCCCUGAUAAAUUAGCAUCUGAAGGGCUUUGGCUGCAGUUGGAACAAGAGACAGUUCGUUUUUUGACCAAGUGUAUGCAGUGUUGUAGAUCCUCUGUUUUACUUGUGGGAACAGAUUGCCAGUGCACUUCUGAGGCGGUGAAAGCUCUGAUAGUAAUGUUACAUAGACAAUGGCUUUUGAUCAGAAAAAUGGAAGGAAUCGUGUUCAAUGGACAUGAAAAGCAAAUUGUACAGUUCUUGAGGGAUGCUGUUUUGCUUCUGCAUGGUCUCUCCCAGAAAGAUAAACUUUUCCACGAACAUUGCCUGGAAGUGCUCCACCAAUAUGAUGGUGUCUUGUCUGGGGUUACAGCAAUCCUGAGAAAAGGGCAGCAUUUAAAAGCUUGUGAAGAACUUGCACUGGAUGAACUGUAUCCUUUGGAGCCCGAAGUCAGUGACCAGGAAAUGGAUUGCAGAUAAUCGUCUUUCAAUAAUGUAUUUGUUUACUUUCCAGAAAAAGUUACUAUUGAAAUUUGUUUCAGUGCGCUUUUUAAAAUUUACAGUGUAAUGCAUAAAAUAUUUCAAAUAUUAACUACCAGAAACCAUCACGACCCAAGUAAUAUAUUACUUUUGUAUUGAAUAAAUUUCCAUAUUGAAACAUACAUUCCCAAAGAUAUUAAAAAUGACAUUUAUAAA